AUGGAUGGUGACGGUACACGCCGAUUCACAUCGUCUAGACCCCCUGCCCGACAUGCACUCGCAGCACAGGAUCCUCGACGUUACCGAUCGACGCCGGCUUCCACGAAUUCCUCUCCUGUCCCCCAAAAUGCAACGCUAGCUACCCGCCACAACGAGAGCUCCUCGCUAUCGGCUGAGCGCUCAUCCCAGCCAACCGCUCAGAAUGAUAUUACAACCAGCGAUGCUGUCACAGGCCAGCUAGCCAAAUCUCUAAGUUCUGAAACUCGCGACAGUGACUCCAUCAUGCCCCAGUUCCUCAUAUUCUUCGAUGCUUUUGUCUCUCUGUGCAUAAAGCAAAAAGAGAAAGAGGGUCUGCAGGCGAGCAUUGAGAGGGAGUCAAAGGCUGAGGAAAGAGUCAAGACGAUGUUGCACCACCCAGGAUACAAACAACUCGCGCAAUCUAUUCGCGAAGGUGGCAAUGAGAACUUAAAAAGAAUUGAGGCGAGCAUCAAAACGCAAGAAGCUAUUUGCCUACAAAUUUUGCCAGAAGCGAUAAAGAGUAUACAAAGCGCGCUUCGUAUUGUGCCACCUUCUUUGAGCAAUGAUACGAUCGCAAAGCUAGAGUCUGACAUCGCGGACAAAUUUGAGGCUAAGUUCAGAGCGAAGCUGGAGGCUGAGAAUGAAGCCAAGGAAGCUCGCCUUUCGAAUAUCAUCGAGGCUAAGCUCAGAGCGAAGAUAGAGGCUGAGGAUGAAGCCAAGGAAGCUCGCCUUACGAAAAAGCUUGAGGGUGAACUCGAGAGAAGAAACGUCACAUUCCUGAAGAAGAUAGAGGAUUCCCAUGUCAAGUUAAUGGAGCAGAUGGAGGCUAAAAUUCGAACCGCGCAGCUACUAUCCAUCAAUCCUCAAGAUACGAUUGAAGAAAUGGAAGUGGACCCAGGAAAACAAAAGUCAAACUCAAUGGAAUGGUACAAGCAAAAGUACAGAGAACAUUCUCCCCGUCUUCAUGAGCUCGAGGUAUGGAAAGUCGAUGAAUUACCUAAACGUCUGGCAACUUUGGCUUCAAUUCAAGACUGCCAAGCGGCCCAGGCAAAAGCCGAAGUGGCGAUCCAAAGCGUUGGAAGACUGGAGUCUAUUUUGCAGAGCGGAUUAGCGACAGUAAGAUCCGACACGACGAUAUUGCGGUCCGAAUUUUCAGGAUUGAUCCCAGACCUUGAUGCUCGUUCAAGCACGCAUGAAUCGCACAACAUCCCAGGCUUGGGAAAGAGUUUGACAAACAACUUCGAUAACCUACUAUUAGAACAUGAAAAUCAGAACCAUCGAAUCACCAAGCUGGAAACGGAAUCUGCCACCAUGUUGACGAACCUCAAUUCUCUCGCGGAAAAGCAACAACCACCGGGCGAUCAUUCCGCCCAAAUGGUUCAGACCCUUCGGCAUGAUCUUUCAGCUUUGAUCGACAGAUUUUCUGGUCUCCAAGAAAGCGUAUCAAAUGAGCUACGUAAACACAGAACUUAUGUUGAUGCUAGUCUUCAGCAAAAUGAAGUAGCUGUCAAGCAUGCAAACGACACCACGGAGACACUGCGAGUUGCUAUACGAUCGCUGGAAAACCGGUACUUGAAUAUCACUACGGAGGACCUGUUCAAAAACAUGGUUCAGGCCAUGAAAGAAAUGUUCCCGUGGAUGGAAAGCCAGCAUCAGGAAAUCGCGGCCCUCAAGGAACAGUUGAUUUUCCUGGUUGAUCAAUCCAUGACCAAGACUGCGUUUAGCAAUGAGAUCGAUGUACUCAAGUUAGAUGUUGCUCAGAGGAUCGAUGCGCUUAAGAUUAGCACGGAAGAUGCGAGUCCACAGGCAUUGAAUGAUCUGGUCAAGGAUGUCCAAGAAUUCUGGACCAAGAUUGAGAAGCUGAAAGCGGCUCAGAUUGGGCAGACUGUCGACAUCGUCAAACGAGUCCAAGAGCAUGCUGCUCUUCGCAACCAAUUUGAAACACAGUCAGACGCUGUAGAAGAACUUGCAGAGAAGGUUUCAGACUUAGCAGAGAUCUUUGAAAAAGUCAACAGCCUGGAGAGCAAGUAUGAGAGGCUCAAGAAGGAUGUGACAGAAAUGCACAAGCCCUCAGGGAAUUCGCAGAGGAUGUUGCCAGACCCCAAAGGGUUCUGCUCACCAGACACCGUCAAUAUGAUCUGCGAGAACUUGAUUACACGGCAUGAAAAGGCUACCACAGAACCAAGGUUUGACCAGCUCAUCAAGAUGACAAACGAAAUUGGCCAGCAAUGGGCCAAUUUCAAGACUCAAGAGUUUGCCAAUUUGCGACUCCGAGAACAUUCCCCUUCCCGGCCACGAACAAACGGCUCACGCUCCGAGCUAGAGCGUGAGAAUGAAAAAGCCUUGUCGCCUCGGUUACUGCGAAGCUCUCGGGAUUCGCCAGGAGCUUCCCAGGCAUCAGUCACGCUCCAGGUUCCCGGUAAUGAGCCUAUCGACGCGCUUCCGCCACCCCGAUCCAUGUCCAAACCCUCCUCCUGUUCGAUCACCCCCGGGUCUAGCGAUAAACUAUUGCAAACCAAAGCCAAGACACCACAAGAAGAGAACGAUAGUCCUUCCAAUCCCUCUCAGGACCAGUCUCUUGGUUCUAGGGUCGCUCCCAGCGAUAUUGCCCGUUCGUCUUCCCCGUCGAAGGUUCUCCCUAGAGCCAAGGAAUCCCCACAGUCUAUCCUCGAAAAGACUAAAAAGUCUUCCAAAAAACGUCCAAGGAAGUCCUCUCUACUCAGUGGAGAUCUCAAUGGAAAUUCGCUUGGUACUGCUUCUCCUGUAAUGAGCGAGGCCUCGCCCGCCCCUUCCUCGAGCUCGAGCCUAUCAAGGAAGAAGAAAAGGAAGAAAGACAAGCACCCAUCAAAGCAAUAA